UUCAACGGCAUCUAAAUUUUAACGAUUCAUCAGCUCUUCCAUCUCCGGCAUUACAGAAAUCGCCCAACCUGUUUGCUCUGCCUCCAUCUUUUUCUUUCCGAGUUGGGGCCACAUCACAUGCGUAACUGCCUCAGCCACUGAAAGCGUUGCGAAUUCGCGAUGGCAAUGACGUCCUCCAUCACGUCUGUCGAAUUGAAUUAUCUCGUUUUCCGCUAUCUUCAAGAAUCAGGUUUCACGCAUUCAGCGUUUGCCUUAGGAUAUGAGGCUGGUAUUAACAAAUGCUCUAUUGAUGGCAAUUUGGUUCCACCUGGGGCGCUUAUUACCUUUAUUCAGAAAGGACUUCAGUACCUGGAGAUGGAAGCAAACUUGAGUAAUAGUGAUGCAGAUGUUGAUGAAGAUUUCUCAUUCUUACAACCAAUUGAUCUCAUUACAAAAGAUGUCAAUGAACUAAGGCAAAUUAUUAAGGAAAGAAAGAAAAACCUGCAGAAAGAUAGAGAGAAAGAUAAAGAGCUUGAUAGGGAGCAUGAAGGAGAACGUGGACGCCUGAAAGAGAAGGAAAGGCAUGAAAGGGAGAAGGAGCGUGAAAAGGAGAAAGAGAGGAUAGAAAGGGAGAAGGAACGUGAAAAAGAGAGAGAGAGGAUAGAAAGGGAUAAGGAACGAGAAAAGCAGAAUGAGCAUAACACUGAUAGAGAGAUGGGUACAGUUCAAGAGGACAAGGAUUAUCCCAAGCAUGAAGAAAAUGGAGUUCCUGGAGGACCAGAACCAAUGGAUAUAUCUACAACAUCAACAUCACAGGAAUGUGAAAUUACUUGUUCUGAUGUGACAGUUUUGGAAGGGCAUGCUUCUGAGGUUUGUGCUUGUGCAUGGAGUCCAGCAGGUUCUCUUCUUGCAUCUGGAUCGGGUGAUUCGACUGCUCGUAUUUGGACCAUAGCUGAUGGGACCACAAGGUCUACUUAUCAAAGUGGUCCUUUGAAUGUGUUGGUCCUGAAGCAUGUAAAGGGGAGAACAAAUGAGAAGAGUAAAGAUGUCACCACUCUUGAUUGGAAUGGUGACGGCACAUUGCUUGCUACGGGUUCGUAUGAUGGACAAGCGAGAAUUUGGAGCACAAAUGGUGAACUGAAGAGUACGCUUAUUAAGCAUAAAGGACCCAUUUUUUCGCUAAAGUGGAACAAGAAGAGUGAUUAUCUUCUCACUGGAAGCUGUGAUAAAACUGCAAUAGUCUGGGAUGUAAAGGCAGAGGAAUGGAAACAACAGUUUGAAUUUCAUCAAGGUCCAAUACUUGAUGUUGACUGGCGCAGCAAUGUUUCAUUCGCAACAAGCUCUAUCGACAACAUGAUAUAUGUAUGCAAGAUUGGAGAAACUCGACCUGUUAAAACUUUUGCAGGCCAUCAGGGCGAGGUUAAUUGUGUCAAAUGGGAUCCAACAGGAUCAUUGCUGGCUUCUUGUUCUGAUGACAUCACUGCCAAGAUAUGGAGUAUGAAGCAAGAGAAGUACGUUCAUGAUUUGAGGGAGCAUUCUAAGGAGAUAUACACUAUCAGAUGGAGUCCAACUGGACCUGGGACAAACAACCCCAACCAGCAAUUAGUACUGGCAAGUGCGUCAUUCGAUUCGACAGUGAAGCUAUGGGAUGUGGAACUUGGGAGACUUAUUUGCAGCCUUAAUGGACACAGUGAACCUGUGUACUCGGUUGCAUUUAGCCCAAAUGGAGAGUAUUUGGCUAGUGGAUCUCUUGAUAGAUCCAUUCACAUCUGGUCCUUGAAGGAAGGAAGGAUUGUAAAAACAUACGCUGGUAAGGGGGGUAUAUUCGAAGUCUGUUGGAACAAGGAUGGCGACAAGAUUGCUGCAUGUUUUGCAAAUAAUACGGUAAGCGUGUUGAAUUUCAGAAUGUAAGGAGUUAAAGAGAUCAAACGGGCUCAAAUUACUCUCUGACCUCAACACAGUAUGCAACUCAGAAUAGAUGGUUAUCUAACAACAAGCUGGGACAUAAUUUUCUUGCAUUGAGAAUGGACAUGGGAAGAAGUGUACAAUGGUUUUCUGUUUCAUGUUUAUCGUAGAUGUAGGCAUUGCUCAGUGAUUUUGAUUUAUGUUGUAAGCUAAUGUGAGGAUUACUUACAGUAGUUAAGGAGUCAUUUGCCCUGCAGUACGAUAUUCCUACAACCUCUCAUUUAAGCACUGUCUUCUGGUGAUGCAAUAGCAUCAUAUUAUACUGUUUCUCUGGGAAAUCACUUGUAAUCGUAUUAUAAUUGCAGUGGACUGAAGACUUGUUUGAA